AUGGUAGACCGGCAAGAUGACGAGGCCUUCUGGGCCCCUGGAACGGUCGCAUUGGAAGACGUCCACAGAACCAGAGACCAGCUAGUGCUCUUCCCGACUCCUUCCUCUGACCCCAAUGACCCUCUGAACUGGUCAAAGCCACGCAAGUAUCUCAAUUUCGCGCUGGUCAGUUUCUUCGUGCUGUGGACUUUUGUCCAAUUGGACAUAGGCUUCACGGCAUGGGGCCCGAUGCAAACGGAGAUCCCGACACUCACGGUGGGUAUCAUGAAUGCCGGCGCUGCGUUGAACUAUGGCGGACUGGCUAUCGGGUGCUUUUUCAUGGUCCCAUUGGUGCACAAGUACGGCCGUCGCCCGCUGUACAUCUUCAGCUGUGCUCUCCAGUUCGCAUCGUGCAUCUGGCAAGCGGAGGUCGACUCGCGGGGAGACCUCGAGAUCGUCGUUCAGAUCACCAUCGCCGAUAUGUUCUUUGUGCACCAGCACGCGACGAUGAACGGCCUGUUUGUCAUAUUCCAGUCCACCGGCGCGUUCCUGGGCCCUGUGGCAUCGGGAUACAUCGUGAAAUCGCAAGGAUGGCGGUGGAUGUGGUGGUGGUGCGUGAUCUUCUUCGGGGUCACUCUGAUCGCCGUGAUAUUCUUCUUCGAAGAGUCCAAGUAUAUCCCCGUGCUGGAGGGCCAAGGCAUUGCAAGCUCAUCGCAGCUGCUGCCGGAUCCCAAGAAAGAUGUCAAGGACACCAUCCAGGCCGAUGACGACGGGCCUCCCGGCAACGCUCUGGUGAGCGGAGUGGUGAUCAAUUACAAUAUCAAGCCCAAGACAUAUCGCCAGCGGAUGGCGUUGAUCACCAAAACGGACGAGUCGCUGAGACCUCACUUCCUCCAGCCACUCGUCUCUCUCUUCACGUUUCCGGCCGUGGCAUACGCGGCGGUGACCUAUGGCACAACUCUGGCUUGGUUCGCCAUCAUGACCUCUCUCCAGGCAUCCUACAUGCUCGACCCGCCGUACAACUUCGACGAGAUCGGAGUGGGACUUAUGAACGUGGCGCCUUUUGUGGGGGCUGUUCUGGGUUUCCCCUUUGGUGGAACCUUCAGUGACAAGCACAUCCUCUGGCUUUCCAAGAGAAACGGUGGUAUAUAUGAGCCCGAGAUGCGUCUGUGGCUUGCGUUGCCCAUGGUAGUCCUUGGUCCGGGCUCGAUUCUGAUGUUUGGCUUGGGUCUUGCCUAUGGCGUCCAUUGGUCUCUUCUUGCCGUUGGAUUUGGAGUCUUUGGCUUCACCUUAGCGGCGAUCAGCGGCGUCGCGCUGUCCUACCUCAUGGACUGCUACCAAGACAUUAUUGGAAAUGCCCUCGUGGGGGUCAUAUUCAUGCGUAAUAUCAUAUCCUUGAUUGUGCUAUUCGUGCUCACCCCGUGGGUUAACGGGAUGGGUAUGCAGAACCUCCAUAUCCUAUGCGCCGUGGUCGCAUUUGUCAUCUACAUGCUACCUGUCCCUCUUCUGAUAUGGGGCAAAGAUGCACGAGUGGCAACCGCGAAAAGCUACAGGAAAAUGGCGGAGAAGCAAAUCGCCCAUCGUGCUGUAUAG